GUUGAUCAGAUAUCAUCGAUUGAUUAGAAGAACAAUUUAUAUUUAGCUCAGUUGAAUGAAAUUAAAUAAUUUUGGGUCAUGCUCAAUUUUGGUUUUCUCAGAGGCGGCCGGACCAUUGUCGUAUUUGAAUCAGUGAACGAGCCAGGAAAAUCGUGGAAUGUUAUCGACCAUGGAAGGGCGACCAAAGAGACAAAGUGCAACUGAAAAGAAUUAUAGAGAAAGAAAGCGGAUACGAAAAGAAAGAGAGGGCGAUCAACAAACUGGUGAUAGCAGUAACAAUAACGAACCACAACUAUUACCAGACAUUGUUCAAGAGCAAUGUCGACAGUUAUAUAAAGCUAUCAAGGAGUAUCCUGACCCGGAUGAACCAGAGUACUUUUUGAGCACUCUUUUUGCCCAAUUGCCUUCGAAACGACAAUAUCCAGAUUACUUCGAAGUAAUUAAAAAUCCUAUCGCACUAUCUAAUAUCAAGACUAAAAUCGAUCAACAAGAAUAUAAAUCUGUUGGUGACUUGAAGGCUGAUAUUGAUCUUAUGGUGUCCAAUGCCAAAAAAUAUAAUAUCAAGGAGUCUCAGGUUUAUCAGGAUGCCAUUAAAAUUCAUAAACUGGUGAAGCACUGGCGUCCAGAUGGCCAGGACAAGAGCCACAGCCAUAGCAAGAAGAACAGUCCUAAAGAGAAAUCAUCUUCUGCGACAUCCUCCCCUGCAGACGAAAACAAGGGCAAGACAGUGCUCAAAUUGCCAGGCGGUGCUUUUGGAAUCCGUCAGCAACAACCACCAUCGCAACCACAACAUCAGCAAUUAACAUCACCACCGCAACAGCAGCACGUCAAGGCUAUCCGUCUGAAAGCGGUCGACAAACAAAGCAAGAAGAGAACCGUUCCUCUGCCAGAGCUUAUGGAUGCAAUCGGUCGAUCGGAUGGAAAGAAAGCACUCGAGCUAUUGGAAACGGAUCCUGCUAUCAACGUGAACGAGCUAAUGGAAGUAGAAAUGUUUGGCGAUAAGUUCAAGUGGGGUCCUCUGCAUGCGGCAUGUUAUUAUGGCGACGUCAAGGUUGUUCAAGCCUUGGUCAAUAUGGGUGCAAACGUUGAAUUGAACGAUACUUGGUACUCGGCUACACCACUUGGCUGGGCUGCUUUUGGAGACAAAGUGGCUCGCUUUUUGGUGGAGAAACACAAUGCAAACCGCAAGGCAAAGAAUAUACAUAACCAAGUCCCAUUCGAUGUAGUCACAGACAAGGAUGAUCCUCGUUGGAUCGGUAUCUUUAAAGGACCAUUCCCUACAAAUCAGCAUGAUACUAAGAGUCCAGAAGAUCGAUUCGAUGACCAAUCCCAACGCUUCAAAACAUCCGAAAGUCCAGCUGCAACUAUUACUACUGCUACUGAAAGUCCACAACCCCCAGCGAAGAAGCGACGGGGCCGACCACCAAAAUCAGAAAAGGAGGAGCCUCGACCAGUAGAAGAAAUCGAUCUGAGUGAUUUCAAUGCGGUUGCGUUCCUGAAGGAUAUUUUCCACUCGAUUCAAGUGCAUACCGAUAACUCUGGACGUUUAUAUUCCGAGAUUUUCGAAGACUUGCCAGAUCGUAACGAAUACCCCGACUAUUACAAUGUCAUUACGGAGCCUCGAUCACUUAAUAUGAUUGAGAGCAACAUGGUUAAUUGUCGAUAUCCAACACUUGGCGCAUGGUUUGACGAUAUCAAGUUGGUCUUUGAUAAUGCCAUGGAAUACAACGAGCCCGGCUCACGCGUAUAUAGAGACGCAAAACUACUUUUGCGUCUAGUGAACCGUCUAAAAGAAAAGAACUUUGCACGACUGGGAAUACCAGAAAAGCAAGAACCUGCCGUAAUGAGACUGCCGGUAAACAAUGUCCCAUACGAAGCUGACGAUAAGCGACGACCAGUACCAAAGCGAGCCAGUAGCAAGCCAAGAUCACAAACAGAGGAAAUCCAUGGUGCAACACCGACGCCUGAAACCAACAUUAACCGCACGCCAAUUGUCACUGCGGCGAUACCGAUGCAACAAGUACCUCCUCCACCAGUAUCAGCAGUUCCUUCGCUACCACCACCACUACCACAACAACAAGUACAAAUUCAAGCAGCAAUGUUGCCUACCCCACCGCAACCUCUGAACGGUCCUGCACGAAUAAUCUCUCGUCCGUUCAUGAACGCACCCCCAAAUGUGGUCAAUAUAUUAGGCGCUAUAUCAACAAACAGUGCUCAACCUGCGUUCCCAACCCCAGACUUCGUUCCUGUCGCUCCACCAGAGAUGAUGCCCAAUAGCCAACCCCUUAUGAUGAAUGGUCAGCAUCCUAUUCACAUGGGAGAGGAUGGAUCCCAUCUGCCUACUGCGAGCCCUGCAUUUCUUGAACUCUUCGGCGUUGACAUGCGCGACUUACGACCUUUAAAAUCGAUUCAGUUAGAAACGCCAGACAAAUCAUUUACUGCAGCACUGGAUGGUCAUGUGGUUGGUCAUAGUUUGACAGUACCCAGCAAGGUGGAUGUGAUGACGAUCAAGCCAGUAUUCGAGCAACCGUUGCUUUCCGAACAAAGACGUAUAUCAGUCGCAGUAUUGCAAAACAACGGCCGAUUAAACAUGCACACGGAUCCCACGAACAGCGGAAUGCCUAGCUUCCAAAGUGCUCCCUUGAUGCGCGGACUCAACACGAUCAAGAUCACGAUUACCGCGAAUUUGACCAGAGCACCUGGUGUUAUGCCUGAAUUCAAAACCCAAAUUUACUUUUUAUUUGUUACACAGACGUGGUGAUCAUCUUUGAGUUUCUCGUGCACUUUGUUGAUAUUUGCUGAUAACAAGUAGAAGUGAUAAAAACCAUCGUGA